AAUUACGGAAAUUCAACCUCGGCCUAUCUACCUUUAUCACAGAUUCCGAACCCAUUACAUUAGUCAGUCCUAUUUUGACCGUUGUCCAGAAACGUCUGUCUAAAUCAGAAGGUUGUACUUUGCUUAGUCAUGGAAGAUUUGGACCGGAAAAGGCAAUUUCUUCAAACCGAUCUGGUAACAAAAAUUUGUUCAUCUAAUGAUGAAUUGCUCAACGUUCAGGUGGAAGAAACUGAUCUUCAAAUGCAAGGACACUUCGACGGAUUUAUGUCUUCGAUAUUUGAACUUAAGGUUGCGAUUAAAAGAAGCAAUAAUGGAGAAAAAGAACUUUUGAAGUUGCUCGUGAAAGUGAUGAAAGGUGACGAAAAAUUUCGACGAGAAUCACUGAGUCUUAUUUUGUUUCCGAACGAAAUAAACGUUUACAAGAAUGUGAUACCGCUGUUCAGAGCUCUGAUUGAGAAGAGCAAAGCUUCCAUCAAUUUUCGAACAUGGUGCCCCAGAAUCUAUUAUGCCGAUCAAGGAAACUUCCCGAACUAUAGUGACCAAUUGGAAACGAUACUUGUGAUGCAAAAUGUUCAAGAACUUGGCUAUACAAGUGGUCCUAAACUUGACUUGGAUAGCCAACAUCUAACACUGAUGGCUCGAAAAAUAGCUCAGUUUCAUGCAUGCAGCUACGCGCUUAGAAUUCUGGAUGAGGUUAAAUGGAGUCAAUUGAUCGAAACGAUAAUUCCGUUGAAUUUUAUUGAGAAUGGAAAGAUCGUUUUUGAAAGCUACGAUAUUAUUUUCAAAGCGACACAAACGAGAAUUUACAGGUAUUAUGAUGCAAACCCAAGUAUUUUCACCUCUGAUAAAGAAAGGAGUGAUGUGAAAACUAUUCGUGAAAAGUAUGGAAGCAAUCCUUCUGAGCUUAUGCAGCGGUGUCUUCAACAGGAUAAAACUUUCUCAGUUAUUCUACAUGGCGAUUACAAUCGGAACAAUGUACUGUUCAAGUAUGAAGAAGGCAAAGCAACAGAUGUUAUGAUGAUUGAUUUCCAAGAAAAUCGUUACGGAUCUCCGGCUCUGGAUCUUUCGUUUUUCAUGUAUAUGAACAUGACUACCGAAACGAGAAAUCAAUGCUGGGAAGAUGUCUUGAAGGCUUAUCACACAGAACUUCUUCGGUGUCUUCAGGAACUUACAAACCUCCCUACCGAUGACAUCCGUUUGCAGCCUUACAGCUUCAACAACCUGAUGGCGCACCUGUCGCGGUAUUUCAUAUACGGAGCGAUGAUUGCGAUCAAAUUUCAACCGGCUAUGCUGGCAAGCACGAACGAAAUUUCGGCGAUUACGCAUUAUUUUCACAAUGAUAUACACGCGCCCGAGUUUAGUGAACUGCUGAUAAGAGCUGGUGGAGUUACGGCGACACAUCGCAUAGCCGAAAUUAUGCUGCACUGUUCCAAGAUGGGAUAUCUACAAUUUUUGCAUGAAUAGAAUCUCGAGAUUUAUGCAUCUUAUCAAAUAUUAUAAAACAGAUCUACCUCAAUAAAAUUCAAUAUAGCAUACAAGAUAACAUUUAAAUGCAAAGAAAAUCAGAGUUGAUAUGCUGAUGAUUCUUUUAUGGUGAGUUUAGUUUCAAGAGAAUUUAAACGGCUAUGACUUUUUCAGGAAGACUGUAAAUGUCAUCUUAAAAUCUGUUCAGUUGUGUAAUUUCAAUCAAAACAAAAAAGACGGUUUAAUGGCAUAGCCCUACCCAUUAAGCAGGGUCGAUUUAGAGUCAUUUUUAAUUACUCA